AUGCCCCCCCUCAACAUCGCCAUAAUCGGCAGCGGCAUCGCCGGCCUCCUGGCCGCCCGCAUCCUCCGCGAACAACACCACGUAACCAUCUACGAGCGCACACCCUCGGCCAACGAAACCGGCGCGGCCAUCAACAUCGGGCCCAACGGGAUCGUGAUCCUCGAGAGCGUGGGGCUCGACCGGCGGCGGGCGCGCGCCAUCCCCGUGGCGCGCACCCUCGCCUACAACAAAGCCGGGGCGGUGACGGCCGACACGACGCUGGACUACCGGCGGGAGUUCGGGGCAGAUUGGCUGUUCUUCCAUCGGGCGGAUCUGCGGGACGAGCUGUUGCGGUUGGCGACGGCGCCGUCGGAGGAGUUGGGGGUCAUGGGGGAUCCGGCGCGGGUGAGGUGGGGGGUGGGGGUGGUGUUGAGUACUGGGGAGGUGGUGAGGGCGGAUUUGGUGGUUGCAGCAGACGGCAUCAAAUCCACCCUCCGCCCGCUCGUCCUCCCCACCACCCCCAACAUCUACCCCCUCCCCGCCGGCUCCUCCAUCUUCCGCUUCACUCUCACCCGCGCCCAGGCCCACGACGCCCUGGGCUAUUGGCCCGGGAACCUCGACCGCACGCAGCCGGGCUGCAUCACCACCGUCUUCGCCUUCGACGCCACCGAGCGCCGCGUCGUGAUCUACCCGUGUCGGGACUUCGAGGUCCUGAACUUCGCCGUCAUCGUGCCGGACGGGAUGCUGUGGCCGUCCACGGCCGCGAAGAUCGGCAUCGGCGCCGAGGGGGGCAGCUGGUCGGCGGAGGCCGAGAAGGAGGAGCUGGUCGAGCAUUUCCGGGAUUUCCCGGACUGGGUGGGGGAUUAUCUACGCGCAGCACCCAUCCCCGGCCUCCGCGUCUGGCGUCUCCACCACACCCCCCCGCUCCCCAGCUAUAUCGCCGGCCGCACGGUGCUGAUCGGCGACGCCGCCCACGCGAUGACGCCGCACCAGGGCCAGGGCGGUACCCAGGCGAUCGAGGACGCGGAGGCGUUCCGCCUGUUCCUGGGCGAGCAUGUCACUGCUGAGGCGGUGCCGGCGCUGUUGCGGGACCUGGAUCGGGUCCGCCGGCCGCGGGCAUCGCGCAUCCAGGUGAAUAACGUGCAGGCGCGCGGGCGGAAGUCCGCGCAGGAGGUGCAUCGGUUUCGGCGGUUUAAUUGGACGUAUCCGGGGAUUGUGGCGGAGGUUGGGCGGUUGAAUGCGGAGCAGAGGGUGGAGGAUGGAGGUGCACUCGACCUGACACACUCGGAAGAGUCUCAACUCCGAAGUGAUUAG